UAUACAAAGUUUUUAGUAUAACUUAACCAAAAUACUUUACAUUUUUGUGUAAUGAGUGUAUAAAUACUAUGUGAAUAUUGUUCAAAGUGAAAUCAAUUUGUAUUAUAGCCAUGUGAUGUUGAUAUAUUGUUUAAUUUUCAAAGCAUUCAUCGUGUUUCGUCAGAAUAAUGCUUCUAUUAUAAAAACGAAGAAAUUCCCAGGAUUAUGGUAGCAGAAAAAGGAAGAAGGAAAUUUUAAAUAGGAGAAAUGGUAUACGAUGGCGGAGUUCCUGCCCCUUUGCGACGUGCUGUUCAACGUGAUCUCUCUAGCGGGUUACUUCUGCGACGUAGUUUUCGACGUAGUCAUGGGAUACGCUCUUCUUGAGCGCGGCUAUAAAUGUACUUUCGCGGCUACCAUAUCUAUAGUCGUGACGUCAUUAUUAAUAUCACAGGUGUUAUCCCUCCGUUGGUACUUACAUAUGUGGUGGGCGAGCGAGGGGCGCAAAGGCCGUCCGCCCUGGCUGCCCAUCCUGCUGCACUGCCUGCAGGUCGGUGUGCUGUGGCGAUAUGCUCGACUGCUAGUGCCAGUCGAACUGAGACGUGUUAAGCAUCAAGUACGAGAUCUUUGUAUGCUUCGAUUGGUGCACGCAUUCUGCGAGGCGGCCCCCAUGCUGCUGUUACAGCUGCACAUCCUAUUCAAGGACACCAGUUAUGAGCCGCUUAGCGAAGUCGGCGUCACGCCCGAACCUAGCAUAGACGAGCCUUCAGCAAACAGAGCGUUCGCUGAACUGAACGUGAUAUCGGCGUCUCUCUCGCUGUUCUCUGUGUGUUGGGCUCUCGCCAGCUUCAGUAAGAAUGUGCGCCUUCAGAAUGUACACAGGCUCGUCCUCACCUGGCUCGGUGUUAUCUUCCAGUUCCUAUGGAGGUUGGGUACGAUCUCUGCGAGAAUUUGCGCUCUCACUGUGUACGCUCUAGUCUAUGAAUAUUGGGUGUUUCUAGUUAUAGGUUUACAUUGGGUGUCGAUGUUCCUAUGGCUGAUAUCACCUCGCAACGUGUUCCACGGAGAGCGCAUCAGUCGGCCGCGCAAGGCUUACCUCUCCGCUCUCAUCGCAUUUGUAUACGUCUUCGCCUACGUCAACCUGCAGGAGCUCAACCAUCGACAGAAGAUGGUGAUAUUCUACUGUGUGAUGUGCGUUGAGAACUGGGUGUUGGUGUGCGCCUGGUGGUGGUCAGGGCGCGCUGCACGACCUGCAGCCACCGCCGCUGCAGCAGCUGCAGCAUUCUGCGCCGGCCUCGCCUUCAUGCUCAUAUACUACAGAUAUUUCCACGUGCGGAGGUUGGGCUACAUGCUGGGGGAGAACCGGCAAGGUACCAACAGCACCAACGCUUCCUCACAGAACAAGAACGAGAACGCGGCCAUACCUGGAGUCUUCAAUUGCCGCUUCUCUAAUCCAGUUAAUAAUAGCGCUGCCAACGGUCGUAAGAAGAAGAAGCCGACGACGUUCGUGCCGCCCCCCGCCGCACCCCCCGCUGCACCCCCUGCCGCACCCCCCGCCGCCUUCUGGAGGCGCCCCCUGCCCGCCGCCCACAACCACCAUGGCGGGUCUUCUGAAAAUGAGGGCUCAAGCGUCGGCUCCAGAGUCAAUAUACAGCAAAAAUUACAGGAAAAGAAACAGAAACAGCUCGCAGAACUUCGCGUUAUAGAGGAAGAGAUAAAACAGGGAAAGUUGGCCAAAACCACACCAGUCGCCGCUGAGGAGAUAUACAGCAGUCUGCAGCGUCAGCCCAUACCCCGCGCCAAGACACACGCCGACCCUCCCGCCUGGCCCAGCAUUGAGAUGACCCACUCCUACCAGAACUACCCCGUCCUACCUCACACCUGCAACCUCUACCCCACCUACACGGAGAUAAAACCUGAGUACUCCGGAUCUAACUUCCAAAACGACGACGCCACGGUACAAAACGAUAUCAAGAUGCGAAUGCCCAACAUUUACACUCAAGAAGCCAGAGGAUUCUACGAAAAUCCGGCCAACAUUAGAGGAGAACGAGUCCCGGGACGAUCUCCCAACUACCUCGCGCUCAGCGAAACUAGAAACUACGAUUCAAACGUCUGCAGAAGUCCAAGGAACGUCAUCAACAGCAGUCCGAGGACCGCUUACAUAUCAGAUGUUAACAACUCCAACUACGAUACCAGCGCAAUAGACAAGACCAGGUUACAGAAUCCUAAUUCCAAUAGCAUUUACUCGGAGGAUCAUAGACAAAGUCUGGGCGAGUUCUCCGGCUACUGCGAGAACGGAGUACAAAAUAUAUACAGUAAAUAUGGCGAGACCAAAGAGGAAUAUAUAUCUGCGCUCCACAACGCGCUGGCCAACGUACAGAGCAUAGACAAUAUAAGGAGUAUAUACAACGAGGUGGGUUGCGGUCAAUACGGACAGAACUGCGACAGGAUGUUCCCGUAUCCUGGGGGCGGAGUGGGGGGUGCAGUGGGGGGUGCGGCGGGGGGCGUGGUCGCGGGGAAGAAGGCGGAGCAGCGCAAGAUGCUGCGCUGCCGCACACCGGAGAUUCUGCUCGCGCCGCACUACCUUGAAACAUGCACGAGACCCGUCUGCUGCCACUGGAGUGCGCCAUACACCAACAGGAAGAAGGAGGAGGUGGUAGGCGCGGGGGCGGGGCUGGCCAGCAGCGGGGAGGAGUCGGGCGCAGACGCCGCGCGCGACACGCCACGCCCCCCUAGUGAUAUAGACAGCCAGAUUUCAUUACCACGGUCGUAUACUCUGCCGCGCGAAUUCCGUUACUGGAGGAGACGGCCACGGCUUCGAGACGCACAUCUACCCAGCAACAAUAGCAGUGACGGUGACGUGGACAGCGGCGACAACGACAGCUCGCGUCAGUCAGAGUGCUCGGGCGGGUCUCAGCCGGCGUCGGGAGUGCGGACAGAGCGCGCGCCCGAACGCCGGCGACGUCCACACACACGACACAAGCCAGAGACCGAACUAUGAAGGAUUAUUAUAAAAAAAUCAUCCAUAAUUGUCCCUAAAUGAUAUGUCGUUUUUAUUUUUUUGAUUAAAUGGUCAUGAUCAUGUCUCCGUCCAUUUAUGAAUGUAUCAUGACUUCAUAUUAAUGGAUCUAUUUUUACUUAAACAUUGAGAAGGUAAUUUUUUGUAUCCGUGUUUUAUUAAAGCAACGGCAUAUCAAAAAACCGGAAUUCACAAUAUUUAAAUUAUGUAGAUAUAUAGUUGUUGUAAAGGUGAAAGAAAAUAACAUCUAGACUUUUAAAUAUU